CUAUUGAACUGUUUCUUUGUGUUCUGUAGCAAUUCUCAGCUAGCCAAUUGAGUUAUUUCCGCUAUUGUAACGCUAGGCAAUUCAAUUUAAGUUAAUUAUCUGAGUAUAGAUCUAAUGUACUCGAUACAGAAUGCGUCGAAUUUGUCAGAAAGUGAAAUUAAUGACAAAGAAAGACAAGCAGGAUAUUUCAAGCCGGUCCAGAACUCUGGGGAAUCCCCCAUGUACCAGCCAGCCAGCGCCACUAGCGGAAUAACCAACGGAAACGUGCCAAGGUUUGGAACAGUCAUUCCCAAUCGUAUCUUCGUGGGUGGGAUCGAUUUCAAGACAAAGGAAGAAGAUUUGCAAAAGUUUUUCUGCAACUAUGGGAUGGUUAAGGACACGAAGAUUAUACGGGACAGAGCUGAUGUUUCAAAGGGGUACGGAUUCGUUACUUUUGAGACAUCUGAAGAAGCCGACAGAGUCAGGGAUCAGGAAGAUUGUUUAUAUUUAAAUGGGAAGAAAUUGAACAUCGGACAAGCAAUCAGAAAACAACAGAUUUGUUUUCCCAAAGACAUCCACGUACCUGGUCCACCUGGUAGUUGGGUGAUGCAUCCGGCUGGUUACGCAUCGUUCACCAACAGUAAUGGAAUAACUUACUUUGCACAAAGUCCAGUCAUCGCCCCUCUACAACAAGCACAGCCAUAUAGUCAUGUGAUGAAUUACCAACCAAUGGCAACACAUUAUCCCGGGUACGCCUACUCACCAGCGCCAUGUAGUGGCCAAGCAUACGGCACGGUUCAUCUACCAUGGCCCACACCGAUUGGUGGAGCAUGUGGACAGUUGAUAGGCCCAGCUGUAAACCAACCACCAGCAGACCAAGUAAACAUGGUUAGUAUGCAACCACAGGGGUUACCUACUGGUUAUAUUGUACCAAGGACAGCUGCUUCUAAUGGACAAAGCCAGGUCCAACUUGCCCCUAGACCACCUGACCAACAACCAAUCGUAGACAAGCCUGCCGUUUACCCCCCACAAUCAGAGUCGGUUCGUGUCUUAGUAAGUUCAGCUCAUACCCACCCACAGUUUGUACAAUCGGUGAUUCCCCAGCCCCUAUACCACCAACCAACCCCUAUAAAAUGUGCGCAUGCGCAGUACGUCGCUCAAGACGGGUCACCGAUGCCCCAUUAUGGCGUCAUAACACUUUCUGAAAACGACGCCCAUCCUGCGAUGACGCAAGCAGUGGUGACGUCAGAAGGUGACCUUUUGACCCCACCUUUGACCCCGGAUCAGCAGCAGCAGUAACGAAUCCAGUAAUCUUGAAUAUUUUUUACCUUGUAUUUAAACCCACUAUGAAUUAUGCCGGUACAUUUGCACUAUAUUUACUCAACAUAAACUUAAAUCUUGUUCAAUUUUCAUGUUUGGCGUUAAAACGAUUCAUUCCGAGUUAAAGGUUCACAACAACUUCGUUUCGUUCGUUCGUUCCUCGUUCUUUCGUUCGUUUCUUUCGUUAUUUACUGAAUAUACGACCUCGUGACGUCAUAAUA